AUGGCUUCGGCGCGACGGUCUUGCAGGAAUGAUCCUGAUGUUUUCUGUUACAUCUGCGGAGAUUACACGCUGUCAGUGGACAGGAAGAAUAUCACAGGAUUUGUAAAGCACGCCUAUGAGGCCUACUUUAAAGUCAAGCUGGGUCACCAAGAUAAAUCCUGGGAACCGCACACGGUGUGCAAGACGUGCGUGGAAUACCUCUGGCGGUGGACGAAGGGCACGAAAACUUCACUGAAGUUUGGGAUUCCGAUGGUUUGGAGGGAGCCGCGAGACCAUGCAUCGGAUUGUUACUUCUGCGCCAUCAAUACUACUGGCAUCAACCGGAAGAAUCGGCACAGCCUCCAGUACCCCGACCUGCGAAGAAAUUCCUGUACCAGCGUUCACAGAGCUUCCCGACAGCGACACGAGGCCACCAGUGCAGACGAGGGAGGAUAUGCAGAAGAGGAGUAUAAGGAACAAGAUGCUUGUCAAAGACUUCCUUACUCCGGACUGUUAACCUCCAGACUCAAAGAGAAAAAUCUACUUGGAGAGGACGCGCGUAUCACUUUCUUUCGUAGAAGGCACGAGGACUACAUGGGCUACUUCUGCCAGGAGGAAGACCUCGUGUACUGCCGAGAUGUCGCCGGUCUUCUUGGUAAACUCGGCGCUCCUCAAUACGAUCCGAGAGAUUGGCGACUCUUCAUUGACAGCAACAAGCGCUCUUUGAAGUCUGUGCUCCUCCACAACGGGAACCAGUUCGCCUCAAUCCCUCUUGCGCACUCCACAAGUCUCAAAGAGAAAUAUGGAGCAGUGAAGUACGUGCUCGACAAAAUCCAAUAUGAGCAGCACCAAUGGAUCAGCUGCGUCGACUUAAAGAUGGUGAACUUUCUACUUGGUCAGCAGUCCGGGUUCACGAAGUACCCAUGCUUUAUAUGUAUGUGGGACAGUCGAGACAGAGCCCAGCACUAUGUAAAGAAAGAGUGGCCGGUGCGAGAGCAGUUAGUACCUGGGGUGAGAAACAUCAUAAACGAACCUCUUGUUGACCGGGAGAAGAUAUUGAUCCCACCGCUACAAAUGAAGCUUGGAUUAAUGAAACAGUUCACGCGCGCUCUGGACAAGGAUGGGAGGUGCUUCAACUACCUGUGCCGAGCCUUUCCUCGACUGACCAUUGAGAAGCUGAAAGCCGGCAUUUUCGAUGGCCCACAGAUAUGGCAGCUCAUAAAGGUGGUGAACAACUUCCUGGGGAACACGAAGGCAGCAAACCACGCCAUACUCAUCAGCAAGAUGAUAAAGGCCUUCCAAAAACUUGCGUGUUUGAUGAGUAUAAAGGUUCACUUCCUGUUCUCACACAUGGAGAAGUUUCCUGAAAACCUCGGGGCGAUGAGCGACGAGCAGGGAGAAAGGUUCCAUCAGGACAUGCGCAAAAUGGAGGAGAGGUACCAGGGAAGGUGGGACGCAGUCAUGACGGCGGACUACUGCUGGUCGCUGAAGAGAGACAACCCAGCAACUGCUCACACACGGGAAUCGAAGAAACGCCGAUUUAUGCUGUGA